CUUCAAACUUGUGGCAAAUAACGAUGAGAUAAAAUAACUUAUUACAAUCACCUGGGCCUUUAAGCCGUUCCACAUAAGGUCCAUAUAAUAUCAUAUCAUAUGGGCCUUUUCGCCGAUCCAAAGAAGACAAAAUAGGCCUAGAUCCAUAGGCCCAAAACCGCCAAUCAAACUCGCUAAAGCUAUCCAAUACCGCUCUUCCAUUUAAUUCCCUGUUAAUUUCGAAGCCCGAUCUUGAGUAGAAAGAGCGAUGACAUAAAUUAAAUAUUAAAGGCUUUCUAUUUUCGGUAAAAAAAAAGAAAAGAAAAGAAAAACCCGAAAAUUUUUUAGUUAUCUGUCACACGACCUUAAUCUAAUUCGCCCGUAGAGCUCUCUCUAUAUAUUUAUUUGGACAGACCUCAAGGACGGUUCUGAGCUCGGAGCGAGAAAUUUUUAGAAUGAUCGGAACCUUCACUGCUGCAACAGCAGAUUAUCGGUCGGAGUUUGAUCCGCGCUAGGGUUUCUCUGAGUUCUCUUUCAUCUAAUGGAGGAGUUCGCCUUUCACGAUGGUAACGUCUGCGGUUUGCUCGACAGCAGGCACAUCAACUUUCGUCAAGACUCCACAUGUAAUUUGCAGAUGCACUCGUCAUUCAUCCAAAGACUCUCCCAGGAAAAGGAACUGGAGGGACACCAGGGGUGUGUUAAUGCAGUGGCCUGGAAUUCUAGUGGUUCACUUUUGAUAUCUGGAUCAGAUGAUACACGGAUCAACAUCUGGAGCUAUUCUGGUCGAAAGCUAUUGCACUCUGUGGAUACUGGGCACUCUGCAAACAUAUUCUGUACAAAAUUUGUUCCUGAAACUUCUGAUGAGCUUGUGGUUUCAGGAGCUGGGGAUUCAGAGGUGCGAUUGUUUAAUUUAUCUCGCUUAAGUGGUCACGAUGAUAAUGCCAUAGCUUCAUCGGCUUUGUAUCAGUGUCACACCAGAAGAGUAAAAAAAUUAGCUGUCGAAAUAGGAAACCCAAAUGUAGUAUGGAGUGCUAGUGAGGAUGGAACUCUUAGACAACACGACUUUCGGGAGGGCAUGUCUUGCCCUCCUGAUGGAUCUCCUCACCAAGAAUGUCACAAUGUUCUUCUUGAUUUGCGGUGUGGAGCAAAGAGGUCACUGGCUGAUCCUCCAAGACAAACUCUUGCUCUAAAAUCUUGUGACAUUAGUUCCACCAGACCACAUUUACUACUGGUUGGUGGAAGUGACGCAUUUGCACGGUUAUACGAUAGAAGGAUGCUGCCACCCUUGUCUUCCAGCCAGAAAAGGAUGUCGCCACCUCCUUGUGUUAACUACUUCUGUCCAAUGCAUCUCUCUGAUCGGGUUCGCUCGAGUUUACAUCUGACUCAUGUUACUUUUAGUCCGAAUGGAGAAGAGAUCCUGCUUAGCUACAGUGGAGAACAUGUAUAUUUGAUGAAUGUAAAUCAUGCUGGUCAAAAUACGAUGCAGUAUACAUCAGGAGAUGUUUCUAAGUUAAUGAGCUUCACUCCUAUACUCAACGGGUUGGAGUUGCAGUAUCCUAUAUCCAAUUUCUCAAAUGGUCUGCCUGUAAAUUGUGGCGUUAAUUCUUCAAAGCUUGAUAAGUGCAGAAAAUUAUUACAAAUUGCUGAAAAAUGCUUGGAGGGUGGGAACUACUUUGGUGGAAUUGAGGCGUGCAAUGAAAUUUUGGAUGGACAUGGUCGUAAUAUUGGGGUUAUUUUUAAGCACGAUUCAUUAUGCACCCGUGCUGCUUUAUUACUCAAGCGGAAAUGGAAGAACGAUGUUCAUAUGGCAAUAAGAGAUUGCUACAGUGCUAGGAAAAUUGAUCAUUCCUCUGUCAGAGCACACUACUACAUGUCUGAAGCUUUAUCACAGCUGGGUAGACAUAAGGAAGCCCUAGAUUUUGCCUUUGCUGCUCAGUGUUUAGCCCCAUCUAAUCCUGAAGUGGCAGAGAAGGUGGAAAGUGUAAAGAGAGACCUCGCUGCAGCUGAAUUGGAAAAAUCAAAUAAAGGCAAUGAUGGAGCUCUAAGAUCAGCACCUUUAGGUGGAGUAUUAUCAUUAAGUGACUUUCUUUACCGCUCAGAUGCAAAUAGUGAUGUUUCACAAGAUGGGCUGAGAUCAGAAAGAGAAGACUCUGACUAUGAUGAGGAGGUCGAGCUGGACUUCGAAACCUUAUCAGGUGAUGAAGCCCAUGAUGUUGAUUCCAACAUUCUACAUGGGAGUUUAAAUCUUAGAAUACAUAGACGAGUUGAUCCAGCGAGAGAAAGAGUUGGCGCAAAUGGCUCCUGUGGGUCUCCUUCAUCAUCGCAAAAUGAUGGAAUACUUUAUCAGCCGGAGCCUGUCAUUGAUAUGAAGCAAAGAUAUGUUGGUCAUUGUAAUAUUGGAACUGAUAUUAAACAGGCUAGUUUUCUCGGGCAAAGAGGUGAAUAUGUGGCCAGUGGAAGUGAUGAUGGUAGAUGGUUUAUUUGGGAAAAGGGAACUGGUAGACUGAUCAAAAUACUUUUUGGAGAUGGAGCUGUUGUGAAUUGCGUGCAAUGUCAUCCAUACGAUUGUGCUAUCGCUACUAGCGGGAUCGACAAUACCAUAAAGCUAUGGACUCCCACUGCUCCAGUCCCAUCAAUUGUAGCCGGUGGAGCAGUCGGACCGCAGGCCUCCGAUGUGUUGACUGCAAUGGAAAACAAUCAGCGCAGACUCUGCCGUAAUAGAGAAGCCAUACUGCCGUUUGAAAUUUUGGAACGGUUUAGGAUGCACGAUUUCUCAGAAGGAAGCCUUCAUCCAUUUGAAUGUGCUCAGAGUUGAUACAUAGUUCUUUUUUGUUGUUGUUAAUAUGCAGUCACGCAGAAAUCGGAGUAGUUAUAGGUGGUGAGUAGCGGGUAGCACCGAACAUAUCCUUCAGCAGACUCCUAUAAGUUGAGAUGAAACGUUGAUAAGUUCAAGUUCAUAAUAUAGAACAUUUACCAUCCAAGCUACUACUUUUAGAGGUGUUAUUUUCAUUUGUUUUCUUUUUGCUGUGUAAAUUAUUGUAAAUUUCUAUUUUCUGCAUUCCCUCUCUUUAAUAACUUGUUUUCCAUCACAAUAUUUUUCUUUUCUUCUAUAUGUGGUGAUGUUAAUGUUAUGUACAGAAUAAGAUGAAGCUGGCAAAUCAGCAGCCCUCGAACAUGUAUAGUAUAUGUCUCUACGCUCUAUUUUCCAGUU